AUGCUUCUCAGUAGAAUUUGCGUUUUCCUUUUGUGCUUUAUUAAUUGUUCCUUUUCCAAAAUUUCUUGGCCACAUUCAACGUCUGACUUCAGCUUGGAGGGAGAUUAUUUAUUGGGUGGCCUUUUUGCUUUACAUGAAAUUGACCAAGUGACAUCGAUUUUCACCCCAGAGACCACUGAAUGUUUCAGGCACAGUACCUCCGCAUCUGGUUAUCAGAUGUUGCAAGUGAUGAGGUUUGCUGUUGAGGAGAUUAAUAACUCUACAACUCUUCUGCCCAAUAUUUCUCUGGGCUAUGACAUUUUUGACCAUUGUUCUAAUACAAAGAAUUUCCUUUCAAUCUUAAGUUUUGUCUCAAAGAAUGGCUCAAUAAAACCCAAAGAAAAGCUCAACAACUAUCAGCCUAAAGUGAUUGCUUUAACAGGGCCAUAUGGAAGCACAAGAACUAUUACUAUUGCACCAUUAAUCACAAUGGGCCUUAUACCAUUGGUGAAUUAUGGAGCUUCUAGCUAUGCAUUAAGCAAUAAAAUUCAGUAUCCUUCCUUUAUAAGAACAGUCCCUAGCAACAAAGACAUGAUAGAGAUGAUUAUUCACAUCAUACGGUGGUUUGGAUGGAACUGGGUUGCCUUUCUUGGUAGCCAAGACAGUUACAGUUCAGAUGGACUAAAGCUGUUUAACAAGUAUAUAAGCAAUACUGGCAUUUGUUUGGCCUAUCAAGAGGGUCUGAGCUUAAAUGCAAACUACAGUCAAACGCUUAAAAAGAUUGAUAUGCUCAACAUCAAUGUCAUUGUUGUUUUCGCUGUACCACAAUAUGCAGUCAACAUAAUCAAAACAGCCAUAGCGGAGAAUAUCCGAGACAAAGUAUGGAUUGCGAGUGAAACUUGGGCUAUGAAUCAACAGCUUCCUAGAGAGCCGGGAAUUGGGAAAAUUGGAACAGUCAUUGGCAUUACGGAGAGAUUGUUGUCAUUACCAGGAUUUGAUCAAUUCAUCUAUAAAGACAGGAGAACAAUUAAUGGAUAUAGCACUGAGAGUAAUGUCCAGAGUAAGAAUAAGACAUGCAAUCAAGUUUGUGAUUACUGCCCAUUGUUGACCGCCGAGGAGAUUAUAAACGAAAAUCCCUCAUUUUCCUUCGCCAUCUACGCUGCCAUAUAUACCAUAGCUCACGCAUUACAUAACGUUCUGCAGUGUGAUAUGAAUGAAUGCCACAAAAACCCAAAGGCCAAGCCAUACAUGCAUUCCUCAAAGGUUCCUUUCUCAAACUGCUCUGUUGAGUGUAAGCCGGGAUAUUCAAGGAAACCUGAAGGUUUUCAUAGCUGCUGUUUUACCUGUAAAAAAUGCCCACGUAACAGCUAUGUGGAUUAUUCUCGGGACCCCUAUACCUGUUUUCCAUGUUUAGAGAGCGAAUGGUCUGAUGAGGGCAGCACAGCAUGUAAGACACGUAUUGUUGUCUAUCUUGAGUUUGCAGAAAUUUCCUCCAUCAUUGUCAUGCUUUCUGCCACAUGCCUAAUUAUUCUCCUUAUUGCUAUACUUUGCCUUUUUGCCUACAACUUCAACACACCAGUGGUAAAGUCUGCUGGUGGCAGCAUGUGUCUCCUUAUGUUAAUGUGUUUGAUUAUGUCUAGUAUAAGUGUGUUCUUUUUCUUUGGAAAACCCACAUUUGUAUUUUGCCUCCUGAGAAAUGCCAUAUUUGCAUUUUUCUUCACUAUCUGUAUUUCCUGUUUGACUGUCCGUUCCUUUCAAAUUAUUUGUGUUUUUAAAAUGGCUGCUCAGUUCCCUAAGCUGCACAGCCUUUGGGUAAAGCACAAUGGACAGUGGCUCUUCAUUAUGGACCAGACCUGUUGA